AUGAAAGCUUUACUCGUCGGGCUGAUAAGCGUAGCUGUCGCCAGUGCCGACCUCGCACCUCUACUCAUGUCUGAUGAUCGUCCUGUACCCAACAGUUGGAUGGUCAAGAUCACGGGUUUUGAAGUAAUGGACCGCGUCGCUGAUGAGAUCGUGAACCGCUUCAGGAGAGUCCGUCUCCCGUCUCCACGAGUGACCAAGAUCCGUUGCGUCCUGCCGGUUCUCAUUCUGCGAAUACCUGCUCGUUUAAUGAAUGAUAUUCGCUCUAUUGAGGGUAUCGAGUACAUCGAGCAAGACAGCCUUGGCACACUGUAUGGGACACAGCCUAACCCAACCUGGGGGCUCGAUCGGAUCGAUAGCCGUAUGGGAACUGACGGCUAUUUUACGUACAACGACAACGUUCAAGGAAAAGGGGUUAACAUUUACAUGGUGGAUACUGGCAUCCAGACGAGGCACAAGGAGUUUACCGGCCGUGCCUCCAUGUUGUAUGGGGUGGAGGACACCAUUGGUCACGGCACACACACGGCUGGCACGGCUACCGGCGUGACUUUCGGGAUAGCCCGACAAGCUGACGUCUAUAGCCUCAAUGUGUGUAACCAAUUCAGCUACUGUCCAAAGAGCACAGUCAUCAAAGCUUUGAAAACGGUGCGUGAACACAGUGGCUCGACGGGAGGCGGAGUCGUGUCGAUGUCCCUAGGAUGGUCCAGGUCCGAGACUAUCAACACAGCGGUGAGAGAGAUGGUGACCGCCGGGUUUGUAGUGUCAGUCGCGGCCGGUAAUUCUAACAUCGAUGCCUGCAAAGUCUCGCCUGCAAUGGUGGACGAG